AUGAGACGGAAACAGAUGCCCUCAGGUCCAUGGGAGGACAUUGCGAUAGAUUUUCUAGGCCCUCUGCCGGAGGGUCAAUGGCUUCUGGUAGCUGUCGACUACUACAGCAGAUACGUGGAGGUCUCGGAAAUGCAGCAGAUUACGGCACACGAUACGAUUCGAGAGCUGAUAACAAUGUUUAGUCGAUUUGGAAUCCCACAGUCGAUUCGUGCUGAUAAUGGUCCGCAGCUUAGUGCAGACUGUAGAGAAUUCAAGCAGUUUUGCGAAGAACAUGGAAUAGAGUUGAUCAAUACCACGCCCUACUGGCCGCAGGCAAAUGGGGAGGUAGAAAGGCAGAACAGAAGUUUCUUGAAGAGAAUGCAGGUCGCACAGGAGCUUGGAAAGGAUUGGCGGGUUGAAUUGCGGAAGUAUCUGUUAGCGUACCACAUGACGGAUCACCCAACCACAGGAAAAUCGCCUUCUGAGCUCAUGUAUGGAAGACGUAUCAAAAGUAAGCUGCCAGUGCUGCCAUGCUUCGCGGAGACCAACAGUGCGGCCAGGGAUCGGGACAGAAUAGUCAAGGAAAAGGGGAAGGAGUACACAAACCGGAAGCGACGUGCUCAACACAGUGAUCUCAGCGCAGGUGACAAAGUGUACGUGAAACGAAUGCAGAAGGACAACAAGUUAAGUACAAAUUAUUCACCAGAACAGUUCGUGGUGGUGAGUAAGUUGGGAUCGGAAGUGGUUGUACAAUCACUCAAGUCGGGUCAGAAGAUAAAGCGCAACGUGGUCCAUUUGAAGAGGAUUGAACAGGAUCAAGGCACGGAACCGGAGGAAGAUGAUACAUUGAGUUUGAGGGAAGAAGAUGUCGAUGAUGGUGAACAACGGGAACCGGAAUAUGAUGAGACAACGAACAAUGAACCGGAAGUGCCAGAUAGUGAAGACCGAGGUGUGCAAGAGGAACAAAGAGGAAGAAAGGAGGAUGAACGGGAUGAAAGAUCAGAAGUCAAAAAAUCUCCCCGGGACGAGUAUCGAUCCCAGAAUAAAUCCCUCUCGGAGCAGUGGUGCAAGCUGAGCGAGACCCAGAAGAAACCUCCCAUCGACGAGCGGCCGCCGCUGUGGCCAAGUACCGCGAAGACAUGCUAA